AUGAAGAUCGCGAUCGAAGGGUGCUGUCACGGCGAGCUCGAUGCGAUAUACGCCGCGAUCGCGCACUUGGAGGUGGUGGAGAAGGUGAAAAUUGAUUUGCUGAUUUGUUGCGGCGAUUUCCAAGCCGUGCGAAACUUGGACGAUUUGGAAUGCAUGUCCGUGCCGGACAAGUACAAGGAGCUCGGGACGUUUUAUAAGUACUACAGCGGUGAGAAGACGGCGCCUAUACCGACACUUUUCAUCGGAGGCAAUCACGAAGCGUCCAAUUACUUGUGGGAGCUGUAUUACGGCGGCUACGUGGCACCAAAUAUCUACUACGUCGGGCACUCAGGGGUUGUAAACUUUGGUGAUUUACGUAUCGGUGGGUUAUCUGGGAUCUUUAAGACGCACGAUUACAAGAAAGGGCAUCACGAGCGACCGCCGUAUUCUGGACACGCAGUGAAGACGGCGUAUCACGUUCGAGAGUUUGAUGUCUUCAAGCUGAAGCAAGUAAAGAGUGAGAUAGACGUCUUCCUUAGCCACGAUUGGCCGCGUGGGAUCGCGCAGUUUGGGAACAAGCACGAGUUGUUUCGUAAGAAGAAGUUUUUGAAGGACGAGAUCGAAAGCAACACCCUUGGCUCGCCGCCGGCGGAGGAACUUUUGAAAAGGUUGAAGCCAAAGUACUGGUUCUCCGCGCAUUUACAUGUCAAGUAUGCGGCACUAGUCAAACACGAAGACGAAAAAACGACAAAAUUCUUGGCCUUAGAUAAAUGCUUGCCUCACAGAGACUUUUUACAAGUGAUUGAUUUGCCAGAGAAGAGCGCCGAAGGCGGUUUUGCUCUCGACGAGGAAUGGCUCGCUAUUUUAAAGGCCAAUCAUGAGUACCAUUCCGUGACGCAUCGACCGGCACAGCUGCCAGCCUACGGAACUCCCGAGGCAAUUGACUUAGAGCCACACAAGAAAUGGGUGAGCGAGCGUUUGCAAGCGGCUGGAUCAUCGGCGACGGUUCCGCCCGAGUUUGUCGCCACGCGGCCGGCAUAUGAUCCUUCCUCAGAAACCCGUCGUAAAGGGCGUGCACCUGCUGAUGUCGACGUCAACCCUCAGACGAAAGCUUUAAUGGAUUUACUCGAGCUUGAUCUGAAAAUCACUACUCCUAGGAUGCAUCAUACUCGUCGUCGUCGCUGA